AAGCCGUGAGGCAGAACGAUGAUUUAAAUGGCGGCCCCUGCACAGUACGCUUAGCGACAUGUAAACAAGUCUAUAUCCCAAUCGGACGGAAUUUUACAACGGUUUGUGGUAUCUAUUAAUUGAAGUUCAUGGAAUCACGAAAGGCCCAGAAAUUGUUGCCUUAAGUGAUAUAGAAUAGGAUGGUUCUGGGACUGUUUGAUUCCGCCAUUCCCUUCAAGGGACAGAAGUACAGCAAGCUCAAGGAUCAGGCCGUCAGUUCCGGUCAGCUGUUUGAGGAUCCGGAGUUUCCGCCGGCUUCCUCCUCCUUGUUCCAUUCCAAAUCCGCCCCGUCGGACAUCGUCUGGAAACGACCCGGAGAAAUAGCAGCAGAGCCCAAGUUCUUCGUUGACGGCGCCUCCACUGAUGACUUUCAUCAAGGUUCUCUCGGAAAUUGUUGGUUCGUGGCGGCAGCGGCAUGCAUCGCAGAAAAGCCCAAACUUCUGAAAAAGAUAAUCCCAGAUAUUGAAAAACAGGAAUGGCUACCAGAAAACAAAAACAAGUAUGCUGGUAUAUUUCACUUCCGGUUCUGGAUUUGCGGAGAGUGGUCGGAUGUUGUCGUAGAUGAUUAUCUUCCGACAAGAAAUGGCAAUCUUAUCUACAUCCACUCAAAGACCCGGAACGAGUUUUGGUCAGCUCUUCUAGAGAAAGCGUAUGCAAAAAUUUUCGGAAGCUACGAGGCAUUGGAAGGUGGUCACGCCAGGGAUGCUCUUGUUAACAUGACGGGGGGAGUAGGGGAGGACAUUACAAUGGCCGACUACACAGACUCGGGGGAGAAGAAAGAGAAACUGUUCAAAAUUCUCAAAUCCUCCAUUAAAGAUGGUUCUCUCAUAAGUGCCUCUAUAUCAGCAAAGGGGGAUGAAAUGGAAGCAAAAACAAACACUGGCCUGGUCAAAGGUCACGCAUACAGUGUCACCGCCGUCCGAAAUAUCAAACUAGGUCAAGGUCUUCUCUCGUUUUUCAAAAGAGAGCACAUCGAGAUGGUUCGCUGUAGAAACCCUUGGGGAGGAACUGAAUGGAAAGGAGCGUGGAGCGAUGGAUCUGAGGAGUGGUCCAAAGUAAGCGACAGUGAGAAGAAGGAGCUUGGAAUUACCAUCGAUGAUAACGGGGAAUUCUGGAUGUCGUUUGAGGAUUUCUGUAAGAACUUCACGCACAUUGACCUUUGCCAUCUGAUCAAUACGUCAUACUUCUCCCUGUCCAAGACCUGGCACGAGGGUGAGGGAAUUGGUGAGUGGAAGGCCCACCGAUGUGGCGGGUCAGUGGGGAACAAGGACUUCCUCCUAAAUCCCCAGUACGUGUUCGAUGUGAACGAUGACGAGGACGAAAUAUUAGUGUCCCUAGAGCAACAGGACACCAGAGAUCUGACCACCCCGGGGGGUAGAGACAUGCACGCCAUCGGAUUCACCAUCACUAAGACUGACAUCAACAGGGAGUACAGGAUGCAUGAUAAGAUGGAGACGGUCCAUUCAUCAGUAUUUGGGUUUGCCAGGGCUAUUUUUGAACGUGUUACUCUGAAGAGCGGAAGAUACGUCAUAUUCCCUACAACACUUGAACCUGAAAAGAAAGGAAAAUUUGUUCUGCGCAUGUACUUUAGUUCCUCUCCCGACUUUAAAGAGCUAUGGCAUGACGAGCCCCCUCCCCCUAAAUGCUUUUCUUGUCUGUGUAAACCCCCUAACUCUGCCACCCAGAUCACCAUACAGAGUGCCAGUAACCUGGAAAAUCCCAACCCUCUUCUUGACCCAGAUCCGUAUUGUGAAGUGAUUUGUGAAGGAAAUAAAGUCAAAACUAGUGUAUGUAAAAGUACCAAGAACCCUACGUGGAACGAACGAAUGACAUUUUAUCAGAAGAAAAAUGAAGACAUCAAAAUUGAGAUAUGGAAUGAUAAUCUCAUCAAAGACGAUUUUCUUGGACAAUGUGAAAUCCCCUUAUCCAAACGGUCACAAUUCUCCGGAAAAGCCCUCCAACUGCCUCUGUUUGGAAAGGGCAAGGACAAAGAUGCUAAACAGAAGGGGUCGCUAACUGUGAUAAUAUUGUGUACAAACGAGAUGGACACGGUCUGAAAUGUCGUGAAAAAGUAAUGAUACUCAAAGAGAGAGAGAGAGAGAGAGAGAGAGAGAGAGAGAGAGAGAGAGAGAGAGACUCGGCGAUGAAUGCUUUCAAUCAAAUUAAAAUCAAUUUCAUGAAAUUCUUUUUUAUAUAUGUUUGUUACAUUUUCAUAUUCAGAUCGUUUUGUUAUCUGUUUUAUAUUCUUCUUUUUUAUCUUUAGAGAUUCAAAGAAUCUUUUUAUGACUUGUAAUAAUGUUGUUAUCGUUGUAUAUACAUCUAAAACAAUAAUUUCUUUUUUGGCAAGCUGCUUGCUUUUGAAUAAAAAUCAUGUUUGA